GCUUUGACCUAACAAGUGAACGACUUAAAAUAUUUUAUAUUCCCACCACAAAGUUUAUGUCUAGUUAGAUCACUCUUCUAUAAAUAUAACCUACAACAUUGAAGUUGAUCCUAUCAACUCGAAACCACCACCCCUCAAAAAAAUAUAAUAAGAAAUGGAGAAAAGCCAAAGAUGUAACAAAGACACAAACACCAACAUAGGCUUUUGCCUUCUUCCCUCUGAACUCAUACAAAACAUUUUAUUCCAUCUUUGUAUACCCGAGAUCAUCCGAAUGAAACUACUCAACAAGUAUGUUUUGACAACAAUUUCUGACCGUAGUUUCAUUCGACAGCUCAACGACGGAUCACAGAGAGACACGUGGAUCUUCGUCUACACGAGGCGUUGGCGCCGCGACAACGGUGUGCUUCACGGGUUCUCUGACCGAUCCGUACGGUGGUUCAAGAUCCCCGUGGCUGAAAUACUCGCCGGGGAGAUUCGCCCCGGUGAAGAUUUAUAUUUACUAACGGCCAGCGGUCCACGUGGAACAUCGUCUUGGAGGCGAUCCGGUAUGAAGCUUGUGCCUGAUCCAUCAAAUCCAAGUCAUUUCCGGUUUAUGUUCGCUGAGAUGGUGAAUAACCGACCGGUUCUGUUUACUUAUCAUUCUUACACAGCCACGUGGCAUACUAUAGAAGCAGAGGAUACAAAUAAUUUGGCUUUUGAGAAAAAUAGUAACAAUGUAUUAUUCUUAAGCUUAUCGAAUCGACCUCACGAGAGUACUGUGAUGAACGUUGAUGACGAUGGUUCGAUGACGAACCGGCUUCCGAGGAUUUUGCGGCCGAGAUUAAACCAAAGCGCGAUCGGACAAUGCCCGUCGAGUGUCGGGUUCAGCAGAAACGAUCUAGAGAGUCAACUGUUGCAUAUACAUGGAGAUGAAUACAAAGUGAUGAUAAGAUUAGACAGAGUAGAUAAUUCGAAGAUGAAUAAAACGAUGAAGAGUGUAGAGGUUUGGGAAAUAAGCGCAAACGGUGAGAAGUGGGAGUUAGUGUCAAGAGCACCGAGUGAAGUGAUCAGCAACAAGCUUUGUGGUGUGAUGAUGGGUUGCUUAGAGAGGAGAUUAGGGGUGAUUAGAGUGGCUCUAAUGACGAAUCAUGAAGGUUUAUGGAAUAUAAUUUGGUUGGAUUAUGACAAGCAGAAGGAUAAGUGGGAGUUGGUCCCACUACCUGAUUGUAGAUUCUUGCAAGGCUCAAAUAUGGCCGGGAUUAGUUUCUCCUCUGGCCUCACCUUCUCUUUGUAAAGUUUUUAUAUAUAAAAAUUUAAUGUCGGUAUCAAUCAUACGACCAUA